AUGGAACCCAAACAAGAUACUUUUAAUGAAUCAGUUUCAUCUAUAUUAGAAAGGAAAGUUCGAGGUUGGCUCACUGGAGUCAUUGUAGAUAUGAGGCGCAGCAGUCCUGUGCAACAAUGGCUCGACUCAUUUCCCACGGACACAGACGUUGAAGAAAAAUCAAAUGAACAAGAAAGUGUUGAUACACAGUCCGAUGAAAAUAAAGCUGAAGAAUCUGUGACAGAAAACACAGUGAUUGAAGCUAAUAACACAGAGUUUAAUGAAGACAAGAGUUUAGAUGCUCCAACACAAAAAGAAAUGUGGAAGAGAAAAUCUUUAGACUCUGAAAUAUUCACAAGUACACCACAUAGUAGAAAUGUUAAGAAUAAAUUGCAAAGAGAUCACUCCAUUCAGUCGGAAGGUUGUUCACCUAGGUUUAAAAAUCCAUUGCUCAGGGACCAGUCCCUCCAGUCAGAUGCAAGUGGAUCAAGCAGUAGCUCAGUCCUAAAUGUUCUCGGGGCCAGGAAAGUGGAUGCUGAAUCAGUUCUGUUAGCAUUAGGUUUUGGGCCAAGUGAAAAGCAACAAAAACUACAAAGAAUACCAGAUCGGUUUUUGGUACCUUCUAAGCUGAAAGGAAUAAGCACGGAGAAAUUUAUAAAAGAUGAACAGCUUUCUAUGCGAAUGCAUGACUGCGGUAUAUUUGGAUACAGAGGUCUAACAGGGAAUCCUCAUGUUCCACCAUCGACAAUUGUAGCUAAAAUUAUGGAGUGUAUAUUGCAAGACAAUGUUUGUCGAGAGGAAGCCCUGAUGAAAACCCGACACUCCAUCGCGGAUAUGCGAAGUCCGCCAGCCGUCCACGCUCAUUUGCUUCGUGCCGCGUUGAACAGGCAGACAACAAAUUAUUAA